AUCAAUUUUCUAUCUAAUUUUUUAAAAUAUUGAAGUUAAAUAUUUGCGUGGCACAGUUGUAAAUUUGAGUAGUGGCAUAAUCGUUAAUAACCAACGAACCGUGCCCAAGUGAGAACCAGAAAAGUUGGACACCGCCACUACAAUCAUGGUCUCCCUUUCAACCACAAAAAAUCCUGCCGGUUUCUGAAAAUUGUUCCCGUACACAAUCAUCAUCCUUCACGUACGGAGGAUCGAUCUCCGAUUGUUUGAUUAUUUCUCUUCUCCUUCGAGCGGAUCGACGGAACGAUGUCGUUGAGGCCGAACUCGAGGGCGGAGGUCCGCCGGAGCCGGUACAAGGUGGCGGUGGAUGCAGACGAGGGACGCCGCCGGAGGGAGGACAACAUGGUGGAGAUCCGAAAGAACAAACGGGAGGAGAACCUGCUGAAGAAGCGGCGCGAGGGGCUCCAAGCUCAGCAAUUUCAGCCUGCCGUCAAUGUUCCGCCGCUCGACAAGAAGUUGGAAAGCCUUCCUGCGAUGAUCGCUGGGGUUUGGUCUAAUGAUGCUAAUCUGCAGCUAGAGGCUACAACUCAGUUCCGUAAACUUCUCUCAAUAGAGAGAAAUCCGCCAAUUGAGGAAGUUAUACAGUCUGGAGUUGUUCCUCGUUUUGUUGAGUUUCUCGGACGAGAUGAUUACCCUCAACUCCAGUUUGAGGCAGCGUGGGCCCUCACAAACAUUGCUUCUGGAACUUCUGAAAAUACCAACGUUGUGAUUGAUCAUGGUGCUGUUCCAAUUUUUGUCCGACUUCUUAGUUCUCCAAGCGAUGACGUCCGCGAACAGGCAGUUUGGGCGUUGGGAAAUGUUGCUGGUGACUCACCAAAGUGUCGUGACCUUGUCCUUGGUUAUGGUGCUUUAGUGCCUUUGUUAACACAAUUUAACGAUCAGGCAAAAUUGUCCAUGCUGCGAAAUGCGACGUGGACGUUAUCAAAUUUUUGUCGGGGAAAGCCGCAGCCACAGUUCGAGCAGGUCAAACCAGCAUUGGCUGCUCUUACUCGUCUCAUACAUACAAAUGAUGAAGAAGUCCUUACAGAUGCUUGCUGGGCACUUUCAUAUCUAUCUGAUGGCACUAACGAUAAAAUCCAAGCUGUGAUUGAGGCUGGUGUGUGCCCUCGUCUGAUUGAGCUAUUACUUCAUCCUUCACCAUCGGUUUUGAUUCCGGCCCUGCGCACAGUUGGUAAUAUUGUGACUGGUGAUGAUGUCCAGACUCAGGUGAUCAUCAAUCACCAAGCUCUCCAAUGCCUCCUUAACUUGUUGAUGCAAAAUCAUAAGAAAAGCAUAAAAAAGGAAGCUUGUUGGACCAUCUCAAACAUUACUGCAGGAAAUAAAGAGCAGAUUCAGGCUGUGAUCGAUGCUGGCGUAAUCUCCCCUCUAGUUCGUCUGCUUCAAAAUGCUGAAUUUGAGAUAAAGAAAGAAGCUGCUUGGGCUAUUUCUAAUGCCACUUCUGGUGGAACUCAUGACCAAAUCAAAAUUUUGGUGCAUGAGGGAUGCAUAAAGCCUUUGUGUGACCUACUGGUUUGUCCCGACCCAAGAAUUGUCACAGUCUGCUUGGAAGGUCUUGAGAACAUUCUAAAGGUUGGAGAAGCCGAGAAGACUCAAGGUAACACCGGGGAUGUGAAUGUCUUUGCACAGAUGAUUGACGAUGCGGAAGGUCUUGAAAAAAUUGAGAAUCUGCAAUCCCAUGAUAACAAUGAGAUUUAUGAGAAGGCAGUUAAGAUACUUGAAACAUAUUGGUUGGAAGAAGAUGAUGAGCAGCUGGUGCCUUCUGAUGAUGCUCAACGUUCUGGCUUCAACUUUGGGGAUGGUGCACCUCCCGUUCCAUCUGGGGGUUUCAAAUUCAAUUAAUGGAGGUAUAAAUCUGUCUUGUAGUCGAAAGUCUUGUGAUGUGUUUAGAUGAAUCGCCAUCAGAGAUAUCAAUUGGGCUGUUGUGUGCUGGUAUAUUGUGUUUGUCCCGUGAGGCAGCUGGAUAAUAAAUUAUCUUCUAUUCGCAUGUUUUUUAUACAAGCGAAAAUUGGAGUCCUUUUUUGUUUUCGUCGGCCAACAGUGUGUUUUGUCUUUUU